AUGAAAUUCCUACUCGGCUUGGCCGCCCUAUCCUCGGCGGCUCUCGCUCAAAUCACGUUCAAUGUCGUGGGUUACCCAUCGGCCACCACAAACACAUUCGGAGUCUCCAUCGACGGCGCGAUCACAAAGCUGGUUGCCGACGAGACGACCUUCCCUGUCUGGACAGGCGUCGUCCCUACUGCCACAUCCGCCGUCCAGUACUCCUACGUCGAGCUCGACGCCGCCAACGUCGCUGUCAAGACCGAGCCCUUCGUCCGCAAACUCAUCAACGCAACCCACACCAAGACCCAGAACGAGUUCUUUGAGCGCCAAACAACCACCUGGGAACUUCCCAAGCUCCCUUACACCUACUUGGCGACUUACCCCUCGAAGACCAAGGCCUUCAAGCAAAAGCAGAUUGCGACCAUCCAUGUUACGGCCUCAGUUGCCGAGAUGGACGAGUUGAACACCAACCCCAAGGGCGACAAGGACUACCGCGUCACCUUCCGCUUCAUCAACGACAACACCAUCUACACCCAGACCAAUAUCACCCUCCAGACUGCCGGAAAGUCGUCCAAAGAACACUCUAAGCAGUCGUUUAAGUUCAAGUUCGAUACUGAUUAUAACCAAACCUUCUUCUCCCGUCCCAACAUCAAGCUGCGCUCGAUGGUCCAGGACCCAGCCAUGAUCCGUGAGAAGUUGUAUAUUGAUGUCCUCAACUCGGUCGGUAUUCCUACCCAGCAAGGUGCUUGGGUUCGUUUGUUUGUCAACAACAAGCCUUAUGGUCUUUAUUUGAUGGUCGAUGAUAUCAAGAAGUCUUUCCUCAAGCAGACUGUCCAUGCUGGUGAUUCCCUUGUUGAGCGCGGUAACCUUGUCCAGAUGAACGCUCCAGAAGAAGGCCAGUACGCAGAUCUGGUCUACAAAGGCCUCACCUCAGCCGACUACUGCCCUUUUUGCUACACCGUCCAGAACGAGGGCCUCAGUCCCCUCACCGAACCCAUGCAGGAGCUCAUCACCUUCAUGAAGGACCUCCAAGACUUCAACCCCGCCACCAACACCGACCCCAUCGGCUACUGGAACAACACCCGUCUCGAUCUCGACGGCUUCCUCCGCAGCAUGGCUCUCGAGUACCUCAUGGGCGGCUUUGACAUGUACUGGAUGUCUGGCUCGAACUACUUUAUGUACAGAAACCCCACUUUCGGUCCCGCCGGAAACGGUGGUAAAUGGCAGUGGAUCCCUACCGAUAUGGAUGGUACUUUUGGUUCUGGAUACCCUACCUCGUCCCUGCCCUCGUACAAGAACAACACCAACUUUGCCGUCCGUGGCCAGCGCCCCCUCGUCCAGAAGUUGAUCCUCGAGAACCCCCAGAUCAACGCCAAGUUUGAAGAGAUCCUCAAGGAGAUUGUCUCGACCGUCUUCAAGCCCGAGGCCAUGAACCCCCGCGCCCAGGCCUACCACCUCAUGUUGUCUGCCGAUGCCAAGUGGGACACCUCACUCGUCCGCCAGAGCCCCGGCCUGAUCAAUAACAACUUUACGUUCGACGACUUUAACAACAACUUGAACCAGGUCACCAAGGGCAUGCAGAGCGGUGUUUUGCCCUGGAUCGCCAGCGCCUCGGACUUGGUCGCCAAGGAGCUGGGUUUCACCAUCCCCGCUGGUGUUGUUGAUCGUGUGCCCCCACCACCCAAGAAGGGCGAUCAGGGUAACCCUGAGGAUGAGGAGGAUGAUGAUGUCCUCGGCCCCGAUGGUGAGGGCAGUAACGGCAGUGGUGGUUCCGACUCUGCUGCUUCUGGACAUGUCGUCUUGGGUGCUGCCAUGCUCCAAGUCGUCGUCGUUUCCUCCCUUGCCCUUGGUCUGUUCCUCUAA